AUGAGUGACAACAUGUCUUAUCGAGACCCCAACUCAACUCCGUCACCUGACGCAGAGACGAACACCUCCUCCACCUCCUCCUCCUCAUCCUCAUGCUGCUUUCCUUCAGGGGGAGUGUGCAAACCCAUGGGUGUCCUCUCCUCCCCCUCCUCCCAAUACCUGAUCCAGUCCUUUUUGGGGGAGGGCACCUUUGGGAAAGUAGUAAAGUGCUUAAAGAUGGCCACCAACAGGACGGUGGCUGUGAAGAUCGCGAAGGGAAAGGACCUAACACCAGAGGCAAAGAAUGAGAUAGAGAUAAUGGAAGAGCUCAGAGCGUUUGACUCCGACAGGUUUAACUUUGUGACGUUCAACGAUGUGUUUGUGUACGGCGAACACGUCUGUCUGGAGUUGGAGAUCCUGGACAUGAGUCUGUUUGAGUUCCUCUAUCAGAAGCCUCACCGCUCGCUGGAGCUGGACGAAAUCCGCCCCAUCCUGUACCAGGUUUCCGUAACGCUGCAGCUGCUCCAGAGUCUGGGAGUCGUGCACACGGACCUGAAGCCGGAGAACAUCAUGCUGCUGGACCACGGGAAGCAGCCGUGGAGAAUCAAGGUCAUCGACUUCGGCGUGGCGUGUCACGUCGCUAAGUCUGAGCUGGGCGACUACAUGCAGACACGACAUUACAGGUCUCCGGAGAUUAUCCUAGGAUUCCCCAUAACGUCAGCCAUCGACAUGUGGUCUCUGGGCUGCAUCGCCGCGGAGCUGUUCACGGGCGCUGUGCUGUACCCUGGAGACACCGAGCACGAAAUGCUGCGACAUAUAGUGCAGACUCAGGGUCAUCCUCCGGCUCGUCUCAUGUACAGAGGCGUCAAAACGCGUUGGUUUUUCCAUUAUAGAAAGAAGGACAGGAGACGUCGUUGGAGAUUGAAGAACGUUCAGCAGUCUGGAGAAACCAACACAAGCGCCGGACAAUUCAACUCGCUGAAUGAUAUAAUAAUGUUAAAACCCCCCCGCCACCUGUUGGACGAAGACACCGCGGCAGAAACUGAAGACCGGCAGGAGUUCCUGGAUCUGCUGAAGAAGACGCUUCACCUGGACAUCGAUCGGAGGAUUUCCCCCAGCGAGCUUCUUCAGCAUCCCUUCAUCACCUUGAACCACCUCGCUCAAAACCACCAGAACAGCUUCUACGUGAAAUCCAGCUGUGAAAAGAUGGAGGUCUGCCUGGAUCAGAGUGAGGGCUUUGACGGGGGUCAGAUGAACCUGUCGCCCUCCAUCAGCGGAGCAGAGGGCCCCCCCGCCUGGUUCAGGACCCAAGAACACCCCCUCAUCCUGGGCAUCUCGUCCCAGGUAUCGGACAGCCUCUCCAUAAACGAUGAAGAGAGUCAACAACAACAACAACCCCCUCCUCAAUCGCCUGUUGCUGUAAAGCCUGUGUCGCCGCCACUGCAGGUUAGCACUGCGGCUCCACCCUGCCAACAAGAGAGAACCGGGAGGAAGGCGCUGAGGAAAUCAUCGAGGAGAAAACCCCGCGGUGACGACAGCAACCCGGAGAGAGACAGACCAUCGAGCGAGAGCAGGAACACAGAAAUCAUCCAGACACCAAAAAAGCCUACGAUCCGUGUGGCCGAAAUAAAACCGGGGAGAAAGCGGACGUGGGACACUUUUGUAGCCUCUGGAUUAAGAAAGCGAGUCAAGGGCUCACCGGAGAGCAAGAAAAUCAAAAGGGAUGAUUCUGAGGGCGAAAGAAAACGCGGGAGAAAGCGGACGUGGGAUACUUUCUUAGCGUCCCACAUCGAGUCAAAAAAGCGAGUCAAGGAUUCACCGGAGAGAAAGAAAAGGAAAAGGGAUGAUUCUGAGGCCGAAAGAAAACGCGGGAGAAAGCGGACGUGGGACACUUUUGUAGCCUCUGGAUUAAGAAAGCGAGUCAAGGGCUCACCGGAGACCAAGAAAAUCAAAAGGGAUGAUUCUGAGGCCGAAAGAAAACGCGGGAGAAAGCGGACGUGGGAUACUUUCUUAGCGUCCCACAUCGAGUCAAAAAAGCGAGUCAAGGAUUCACCGGAGAGAAAGAAAAGGAAAAGGGAUGAUUCUGAGGCCGAAAGAAAACGCGGGAGAAAGCGGACGUGGGAUACUUUCUUAGCGUCCCACAUCGAGUCAAAAAAGCAAAUCAAUUCCUCACCGGAGAGGAAGAAAAGGAAGCUUGAUGAUUCUGAAGAAGCGGAAAGAAAACCCGGGAGAAAGCGCAUGUGGGACACUUUCUUAGCGUCCCACAUCGAGUCAAAAAAGCGAGUCAAGGAUUCACCGGAGAGAAAUAAAAGGAAAAGGGAUGAUUCUGAGGCCGAAAGAAAACGCGGGAGAAAGCGGACGUGGGAUACUUUCUUAGCGUCCCACAUCGAGUCAAAAAAGCAAAUCAAUUCCUCACCGGAGAGGAAGAAAAGGAAGCUUGAUGAUUCUGAAGAAGCGGAAAGAAAACGCGGGAGAAAGCGGACGUGGGACACUUUCUUAGCGUCCCACAUCGAGUCAAAAAAGCGAGUCAAGGAUUCACCGGAGAGAAAGAAAAGGAAAAGGGAUGAUUCUGAGGCCGAAAGAAAACGCGGGAGAAAGCGGACGUGGGAUACUUUCUUAGCGUCCCACAUCGAGUCAAAAAAGCAAAUCAAUUCCUCACCGGAGAGGAAGAAAAGGAAGCUUGAUGAUUCUGAAGAAGCGGAAAGAAAACCCGGGAGAAAGCAGAUGUGGGACACUUUCUUAGCGUCCCACAUCGAGUCAAAAAAGCGAGUCAAGGAUUCACCGGAGAGAAAUAAAAGGAAAAGGGAUGAUUCUGAGGCCGAAAGAAAACGCGGGAGAAAGCGGACGUGGGAUACUUUCUUAGCGUCCCACAUCGAGUCAAAAAAGCAAAUCAAUUCCUCACCGGAGAGGAAGAAAAGGAAGCUUGAUGAUUCUGAAGAAGCGGAAAGAAAACGCGGGAGAAAGCGGACGUGGGACACUUUCUUAGCGUCCCACAUCGAGUCAAAAAAGCGAGUCAAGGAUUCACCGGAGAGAAAGAAAAGGAAAAGGGAUGAUUCUGAGGCCGAAAGAAAACGCGGGAGAAAGCGGACGUGGGACACUUUUGUAGCCUCUGGAUUAAGAAAGCAAAUCAAUUCCUCACCGGAGAGGAAGAAAAGGAAGCUUGAUGAUUCUGAAGAAGCGGAAAGAAAACCCGGGAGAAAGCGGACGUGGGACACUUUCUUAGCGUCCCACAUCGAGUCAAAAAAUGAACGCAGCGGCUCUCCGGAGAGGAAGAAGAGGAAGACGAGCCUGGAAGAGGAGGAGACAAACACACAAGGCUCGUCUGUGAGCACCAGGAAGAGAAAGCGACGCCCUGGGGAUCCUCCAGAGGGGGAGGAGGAGCCCAGGUGUGUCAAGAGAGGGAGAUAUUAAAGGGGGAGAGCGCCAAGUCCGAUGGGGUUGAGCGCCAAAACUAAGGGGGGGAGGGCUGAAAUUACAAGAGCGCUGAAACUACGGGGGAGAGAGCUGAAACCACGGGGAGAGCGCCGAAACUACGAGGGAGAGAGUUGAAACUACGGGGGAGAGCGCCGAAACUACGGAGGAGAGCACUGAAACUACGGGGGAGAGCACUGAAACUACAAGGGAGAGGGCUCCAAAACUACGGGGGAGAGCACUGAAACUACGGGGGAGAGCACUGAAACUACAAAGGAGAGGGCUCCAAAACUACGGGGGAGAGCACUGAAACUACGGGGUAGAGCACUGAAACUACAAGGGAGAGGGCUCCAAAACUACGGGGGAGAGCGCCGAAACUACGGGGGAGAGCUACAACGCCCGACAGGUAAGAGUGCAGAAAGAACGACGGGGGAGAGCGCAGACGACAAUGGGUGAGUAUUGAUGUCAGCAAUGGGAGAGCGCAGAAGAACGACGCGGGAGAGCGCCAAGUUCGAUGGUGUUGAGCGCCAAAACUACGGGGGAGAGCCAAAACUACGGGGGAGAGCGCCGACACUAGAAGGAACGACGGGGAAGAACGCAGGCGGACAUCUUUAUAUAAAAUCUUAGUGUAAAAGUAUAAAUGUAAACAGCAUGAUUGUUAGCUGUAUCCCAGGAGAGAGGAGGACACACUGGCUUCCUUUUAAAGAGCACUUCCUCUCUUCUUUAGGCCCAUUAGACACUGAUCGUUGCCUGGUUAAAUCAUUAUUAUGAGAGUUAUUCCGCUUGAGGGAGGGUUUGUUGUCACUUGGGCUUAAAAUGACUUAUUUUUUCCACACUGGGCAUUAAUUAGCAUUUCAUCCCACCUGUACAAAUAAGAUAAUUACAUUUGAAAGUAUUAUUAUUAUUAUUAUUAUGUAUUAUUGUGUGUUAUUAUGUAUUAUUAUGAUUGAUAAUUAUGUGUUAUGUAUUAUUAUGUGUUAUUAUGUAUUAUUAUGGUUGAUAAUUAUGUGUUAUGUAUUAUUAUGAUUGAUAAUUAGGUGUUAUGUAUUAUUAUGAUUGAUAAUGAUGUAUUAUUAUGUGUUACUAUUUAUUAUUGUGUAUUAUUAUUAUUAUUGUCAUUAUUAUUAUUAUAUGUUAUGUCUGUGAUUCUACGUAUUUCUCCUUAUUAUAUGUUUAUAACUUUAUUGGAUGUCUGUAUAUCUGUUUUCUAUUUCUAAAUAAAUAUAUUAAAUGUUAUUUUAAGUCUGUCAUUCUGUUUAUUUCAAACUGUUGACGUAUUUGUAUGUAUUUAAUUGGACUUUAAAUGUUUAAAUAAAUAUAUUACAUUUUAA